GUCGGAAUCAUUGGUGCCACGUCUCAGCUGGGCUUUAGGUAAGAUAAAGAGGAAGAAGUAGCAUCAGUUCUGAUAACACAAGAGUAAGAGAGGAUAUGGUUGGAAAGGAAGAACCAUGCGUUUACCAGACCCCAGACGCGCCAGUGGAGGCGCGUGUGCAAGACCUUCUAUCUCGCAUGACUCUGCCGGAGAAGAUCGGCCAGAUGACUCAAAUUGAACGUACUGUCGCUUCUCCAGCCGCCUUUAGAGAUUUCUUCAUCGGCAGUGUACUGAACGCCGGAGGGAGUGCGCCGUUUGAGGAUGCUAAGUCGUCGGAUUGGGCGGAUAUGAUAGAUGGCUUUCAGCGAUCAGCGUUAGCGUCGCGUUUGGGAAUCCCUAUAAUCUAUGGCACAGACGCCGUUCACGGCAACAACAAUGUCUACGGCGCCACCGUCUUCUGCCACAACAUCGCCCUCGGAGCCACCAGAGACGCGGAUUUGGUCAGAAGAAUUGGAGCUGCAACAGCACUUGAAGCUAGGGCGAGCGGAGUUCACUGGGCGUUUGCUCCCUGCGUGGCCGUAUUGGGAGAUCCGAGAUGGGGACGAAGCUAUGAGUGUUAUGGAGAAGACCCUGGACUUGUCUCUGAGAUGACUUCGCUGGUCUCUGGACUACAAGGCGAACCACCCGUUGAACACCCAAAUGGUUACCCUUUUGUUGCAGGAAGCAACAAGGUCGUCGCAUGCGCCAAACACUUUGUUGGAGAUGGUGGUACGGACAAGGGGGUAAACGAAGGGAACACCAUUGCAUCAUAUGAAGACUUGGAGAAGAUACAUAUUCCUCCAUAUCUUAAGUGUCUUGCUCAGGGUGUCUCCACGGUUAUGGCAUCUUACUCCAGCUGGAACGGAAGUAACGUUCACUCCAAUUACUUCCUCUUAACAGAAGUUCUCAAGGAAAAACUCGGUUUCAAGGGAUUUAUAGUUUCAGACUGGGAAGGUUUGGACCGGCUUAGUGACCCGUGGGGAUCGAACUACCGCAACUGCGUUCAAACUGCGGUUAAUGCUGGAAUUGACAUGGUGAUGGUACCAUUUAAGUAUGAACAGUUCAUACAAGACAUGACGGACCUGGUGGAGUCGGGGGAAAUACCAAUGGCUCGGGUCAAUGACGCUGUUGAAAGAAUACUCAGAGUGAAGUUUGUGGCUGGUCUCUUCGAACAUCCUUUGUCGGACAGAUCUUUGUUGGGAACUGUUGGCUGCAAGGAACAUAGAGAAUUGGGGCGUGAAGCAGUUAGAAAGUCGUUAGUGUUGCUAAAGAACGGGAAACAUGCUGAUAAACCGUUUCUGCCACUAGAUCGCAACGCCAAGAGAAUUCUAGUCACUGGAACGCAUGCAGAUGAUCUUGGGUAUCAGUGUGGUGGGUGGACAAAGACAUGGUUCGGUCUAAGUGGCAGGAUCACUAUCGGCACGACGCUUUUGGAUGCCUUAAAAGCAGCAGUUGGAGACAAUACCGAAGUGGUCUACGAGAAAACUCCAUCAAAGGAAACCUUAGCCUUGAAUGAAGGAUUCUCUUACGCCAUUGUUGCAGUGGGGGAAUCACCCUAUGCAGAGACUAAAGGAGACAGCUCGGAACUCAUUAUACCAUUUAACGGUAGCGAUAUUGUAACCACGGUGGCAGAGAGAAUCCCGACUCUGGUGAUGUUGAUCUCAGGACGACCUGUGGUCUUGGAGCCGACAGUUCUUGAAAAGACGGAGUCUCUAGUAGCUGCUUGGCUGCCUGGAACAGAAGGACAAGGAAUGGCUGACGUCAUUUUUGGAGAUUAUGACUUCGAGGGGAAGUUACCAGUGAGCUGGUUCAAAACAGUUGAGCAUUUGCCGCUAAACGCUCGUACCAAUUCGUAUGACCCAUUGUUCCCUCUUGGUUUCGGUCUCAGUUCAAAACCAGUGUAACUUCACCAGUCUUAUUGUGUACUUUGGGGAAGUAUCUAAUGCCAUGUAUUACAAACAAUGUCGUGUUUGUAAAAUAAGCUAGCAAUAAGUACUAUUGUAUUGUUGGUUUGCUAUUAGUAACAAUAUUAAUUAAUAA